GAAGAUUGCGACUUUGCGACUGGAAACCUCAGUUCACGUCGGUUGAUCCGCGCUCCUCGACCGUCCGGGUAUUAUUUUAAUUCAAUAUUAAUCACUGUUAAGUGACCACAUAAAUAAUAAAGGUGUAUUUCCUUAGAUACGUAUCGCGAAUCAUAUACACACGUCAGAGGAAGUGUUUUUUGUUCCCUCGAAAUUAUUGCGUAAAAAUACUUUAAAGUGUCAAUAACAAUAAUUCUCGAUUAAUAAAUAUUGCUUUCGGCUCCGCGUCGCAAUAAUAAUAAUAAUAAUAAUAUGGUUUAUUGGCUACCGAAGAAACGUUUCGUGAGAAGAGUCUAGAAGAAAAAAUUGCGAACGCAAUCGAUAUAUAACGAUACUACUUGUUACACGUUGGUUUGGUCUCUAGGGAACUAAGUUUCUGGAAUUAACUUUGAAAGAAAGAGGACUUGUGACGAAAAGAUAGUACUGUAAGCCAAUACAGUAACUACUAACAAUCACGAUGUCGGGUUUUCUGCUAUUAGCAGCAAUAGUGCCAUUCGCCAUCCUUGAGAUUUGGUAUACGGGAAUAUGUUUAAUUUGGACUAUGAAGGCAUCCGCACUGAUAUAUCUUAUUAUAUUUGGGCUAUGUCCUAUAAUUUUUCAUUAUUCCUACAACAUUCAAAAAAAGAUACUCUUCUUGAACUUUGUGCAAUGGCCACUUAAAGUAGAGUUUUCUGAUCCAAGCUCAGUUGGAUUGGAAGGAGCUAGGAACUUUUAUUUACACACCGAUCAACAAGUAAAAAUAGGUGUAUGGCAGAUAUUACCACGGUCUUUAUUAAAUAAUUCCAUUCCUGCAACAGAUGAGGCUUAUGAAGCAGUUUUAAGUAAUGCCACACAACCUGUAUUCCUAUAUUUGCAUGGAAACAGCGGUAAUAGAGCAAGCAUGCACAGGCUCGAGCUUUAUAAGCUUUUCCAAGAUUUGGAUUAUCAUGUCUUAUGUUUUGAUUAUAGAAGCUACGGGGAUAGUGACAUAGUUGAACUUUCUGAAGAAGGUGUAGUUAUGGAUAGCAAAUACGUUUUCGAGUGGGUCAUGAAAAAAGUUAACGGUUCAGCUCCGGUUUUUGUUUGGGGUCACUCUUUAGGAACUGGAGUCUCUACGCAUGUAUUAGCCCUACUGGCAGCUGAAAACUUACAACCGGCUGCUUUGUUUCUGGAAGCACCAUUCAACAACAUACAGGAUGAAUUAACCGAACAUCCAUUUUCACAGUUAUUCAAACAUUUACCGUGGUUCCAUUGGAUGAUUGUGGAGCCAUUUUAUAAGAACAACCUACGAUUUGAAUCCGACAAACAUAUUACCAAGAUCGAGUGUCCUAUUAUGAUUCUACAUGCCGAAGAUGAUGGCGUAAUUCCAGUAUUUUUGGCAGAAAAGCUAUACAAAGCGGCAAUGGAUAGUCAUGGAAAUGACACGAAUCGUGUCCAAAUGGUAAAGAUAGAUUCAUCUUUUGGACUUGGACACAAAUAUAUCUGUAGAUACAAGGAGUUACCCAGUAUAAUUAAGACAUUUGUCGCUAAAGCAAACAAAAAUCAGACUGAAUAAUUAAUCUAGACUAUAGAAAACUGGAAUUGAAAAUUGUCUCAAUGUCAUAAUUUAGAUAUUUUUAUUUAAUUUAUCUAUGAAUAAUUAUAUGUUUUCGCGAUCAAAUUUGUUCUAGAAUUAUUAUUAGAACUAAUCUGAAGAGAACAAGCUUGAAAAAACUAGAACAAUCUAUAAUUUUUGCAAAUGCUUUACAUAGUUUGAAAUCCUUUCUGUGAGUUUUUAAAAUACACUUUUUAAAAACUUUAUAUUUAAUAUUUUAGUAUUAAUGAUCAACAAAAAGAUUUGCAACAUCAAAAAAUGAUAUUUAAUUGUGCACAUUCAUUUAGUUUACUAUAUUCACAUUAUAUAAAUUUAUAUAAAUUUAAUUAAAUAAGAAAUUUUAUUUAUAAAAUAUAUUAAGUUAUUAAAAAAAAAUAUGUAUGUAAUUACAUGUGAUAUAUGUAAUGUAAGACAUUUAUCUUUGGAGAAUUAGUAUACUGUACAAUGACAUUUUUAUAUGUCGUAAACAAAUAUAUUCAACAAUACAGGAUUGUCGUCUGUUAAAUAAAUGGAAUAUAUGUUGAUAGCAAAUACUGUGAUAUUGACAAUGAAAGAUAUAAUUUAAUAGAGAUUAAUUUCACGUGAUUAACUCGUGAAACAAUUUAUAUAGAAAACAUUCUCGAAAUCAUGAUAUUGAGAUUAAUUUCACGUGAUUAACUCGUGAAACAAUUUAUAUAGAAAACAUUCUCGAAAUCAUGGUAUUACUAUGCUCUCUUGUAUUGUACAAUUCUUUUAUUUGUAGCAGUGCAUAUAAUUUUAAAUCACAUAAUAAGCACAUACUGUUCUGAUGUUUAUUAUCAUAUUGACAUUAUUAAAUGUUGACAAUGAGUGAGAA